AGUGUCUGAGGACCUGGAGAAGGCUGUGUCUACAGCUGUGGGGCAGGACAAGCAUGGGACAGACAUCCUGAACGAAUCUGAUGUCAGAGCUCCCAUCAGCCCUCUACACCUCGCUUCACCACCAUGCUAUGGAGGUCCUGGUUCAGUCUCUGCUGGAUCUAGACGUGAGGGACAGCCAGGGGCGCACCCCUCUGGACCUGGCUGCCUUAAAAAGCCUUGUGGAGUUUGUUGACGUCCUCAUCAACCAGGAAGCCUCCAUCCUGGUUAAAGACUUCACUCUGAAGAGGACCCCCAUCCACGCUGCAGGUAGACAUAAGGAUAUCACAUAGAGCUUCUGUAAUUAAAAAGUUUUCCUGACCAAGAUGGCCAUUUGUUUGGUCAUGUUGCUAGGACGACUAUGUCCACUCUAGGGAUGGUAUCGUGUGAAAAUGCCCACGAGACACUGAUCUAAGGUCAUUUUUUGUCAUGUUCUCCACUAAUGAUUGAGGAUCUAGGGAGGGUAAGCUGAUCCUAGAUCAGUGCACAGGGGAGACUUCUAUCCAGAGCCAGGUACACAGCUAGCAAGUGACAGGCUUCAAUGGCCUCAGCCCCAAAAUUCUUUAUUAUCUGCUGUGUUAACAUCAUGAGGAUGUCAUCUACCAACACCACUGUUCUUGAAAUCUGUCUGUUCAUGUGAAGGUUAUAGUCGUCCAGCAAUCUGCUCAUAUCCUCUCUGUUGAUCCUCCUCUAGCUACCAAUGGUCAAUCAUCUGACAUUCUUAUAUCCUCUUGUUGAUCCUCCUCUAGCUACCAAUGGUCAAUCAUCUGACAUUCUUAUAUUCUCUCUGUUUAUCCUCCUCUCGCUACCAAUGGUCAAUCAUCUCACAUUCUUAUAUCUUCUCAGUUUUUCCAUCUCUAGCUACUGAAGGUCAAUCAUCUCACAUUGUUAUAUCCUCUCUGUUUAUCUUCCUCUAGCAACCAACGGACAUUCGGAGUGUUUGCGUUUGCUGAUUGGAAAUGCUGACAUCCAGAGUACAGUGGACAUUCAAGACGGAAUAGUCACUUGGGUUUUGGAUACAAUUCCUGAAAUAAAGAGAUUUUGAAACUGGGGCUGCAUCCAAAAUGGCAACCUGUACCCUACUUGGUACAGUACUUUAAACCAAAGUCCUAUGGGCUCAGGUCAAGAGUAGUGUACCAUAUAGGGAAUAGGUUGCCAUUUGGGACUCAGCCUGGUUACUACCAGUUUGUAAUAUGACCUGUUGUCUUGUGUAUCAGAACCCCUCUGAUGCUGUCGGUGCUGAGCGGACACAGACUGUGUGUACUCCCUGUUCAACAAGGGAGCAAGCGUAGAAGCCAAAGACAAAUGGCACAGAACAGCUCUACACAGAAGGGUUGUGAGGAGAGUUGGCUGCGGUGACUUUUCACGAGGAGUGCAGCACAGUGCCAGCUUCCUGGUUCGGGAAGGUAAGGGGCGGAGCCAUGUCCACCUGGUGGCGGCGUCCGGACACAUCGGGAUACUGGGGUGGCUCCUACACACCGCCCAGUCAGUGUGGACCCUCCCCGUCAUCACAGACAACCAGGGCUACACGCCACUACACUUGGCCUGCUACAACGGAGUCAGAGGUCAGUGGGAAUGACCUCACCCUCAUAGACCUGGGUGACCCCAUCAUUGACGGUGAUGUUAUGAAGGAAGACAGAGAGGUUGAGAGACAGACCAAGUUGGAAGAGGCUGUUCUAGAGACAGAUAUCCCAACUCUGUCACUAGAGGCUGAAGGAGAGAUUGAGAUGCAGGAGGCUGAUCUGAAGACAGAUGGCACAUCUCAGUCACAGGAGGUUGAAGGAGAGAGUGAGUUGGACGAGGCCAUUGUCAUCCCAUCUCAGUCACAGGAGGAGGCCAAAGGAGAGAGUGAGUUGAAUCAGGUUGAUCUGAAGACAUCCACAUCAACUCUGACACUGGAGGUCGAAGGAGAGAGUGAGUUGAAUCAGGUUGAUCUGAAGACAUCCACAUCAACUCUGACACUGGAGGUCGAAGGAGAGAGUGAUUUGAAUCAGGUUGAUCUGAAGACAUCCACAUCAACUCUGACACUGGAGGUCGAAGGAGAGAGUGUGAUGCAGGAGAGUGAUGAUGUAGAAACAGCCGGGCCAUCUCAAUCCCAGGAGACUGAACGAGUGGCAAAGGCUGCAGUGGUGACCUUCACUACCAUGACCCGCAAGGCUGCAGCCUCCCAGACCAGCCUCAGCAGGGGAAAGAGAAGCUACCCAGACCUACACACCUUUGUGCAGGACAUGAAGGAUGGCCAUUGGAAUCUGCUGAGUGAGAAUAUGCGUUCCGGGAUGAGCAGAGAUGAGUUUAGUGCUAGGUGCAUGGAUAUUACAAAUUGGGUAAUGGAGUCUACAUCCACUGUGGUCGUUCCCGCCCUUGACCUCACCAUGCAGAUCAGGCUCUCUGAUUCGUCAAGCUCUUCUGGAUCAGGAAGCAAUGUGGCUAGAGAAGUGACCUCUCUUGGCCGCAGCGUCAGAUUCAGCUUUCGUGGUGGACCCAGUAGACGCACCAGUUCAAGAACUACUUGCAGCACACAAACUCCCACGCCUUUCCCCUACUCUCACAGUUCCAUGACCUCUUUGCUGAGUGUUGACGAAGAGCGAUAUGUCUCCUCACCUGAGGGUGGUGAUAGAGAGAUGAGACACAGACCCCACUCGGCACCACUGAGUUCUGUGUUUGGAAUCUCUGAGGAUUCUGUCUUCAACAUGGUCCAGAGAGGCCAGUCACAGAGUGAGAUCGUACUGUCGUCCAGUUGGAGUAGACGGGAGAAAUACAGACCUGUCAAAAUACCAACGGACACCAGGUUUAUGAUGGGUAUUGUAGAGUUGGUAAUGAACCUUCUCAAUUCCAGAUUGGCUGAGCUAAUGCGAAGUUUCAGUCAGGGAACUCUAGGUCCGCUGUCUGGUAGUAUCUCAGCAAGUCAGCAGUUUGCCCAAGAAAUGCUAAGCAUGGUGUCUGCUAAGAUGUAUUCCCAUGCCAUAGAGCAUAUUGCGCACGGCCACAAGUCUCCCCUUGAGUUAGAGAGGGAGCUUGAGGCCAUAUUGGGUCCUCUGGCUGGACAGGUUAUAGUCAUCAUCAUAGAUAGCAUCUUUAAGGCUAAAGCCAACGGAAGAAACGAGGGACGAGCGACCAGCCCCUUGACCUAUUUUCUCACUGCCAUUUCAGCAGAAAUACAAAGCCUAGUUGUUCAGAGAUCGGCUAGCAGACCGUCCACCAGACUGUCCAACAACGACCCACUGCUGAACGUUUCCAAGUCAAAGGUCUUAAGAUCAGUUCUGCUCAAAAUGGCAGAACUCUUUGGCCAAGGUCCAAGUGAAACCUGUCUAGUUCCACUAGUCCAGAGUCAGUCCAACAACUCUGUUUGCGACUGGACUCUGAAUGCAGGCACCGUUCAUCCAAGUCAAUUUCUGUCCCACAACAGAAUGACAGAAGUGUCCUCUGCCAGGGGGGAAGAGACUAAGAAGAACAGGAAGUGGCAUUUCCUACACAAAAUUGUCAAGAUUCCAAAGAUCAGGAUUAAGCUAUUCAAGACAAAAGGGGAACCGAAGAGCCACCCUGAACAGGAUUCUCUGCCUACCAAACGUCUCAGAGAGACUCGUAUUUCACAGGAUGCUGAGUGUGAGGUUCUAUCCACUUCCCCACCCAAGGAGGCCCUGACAACCACACUGGCCCCUGCUCCCCAGGAGUCCCAGUCCCGUAAACGCCCUCUCAUAGUCAGGGUGUUACGAGCUAUCUCCAGAGCCGUCUCCAAACCAUUCAGAAAAGCUUUUGGGAAGAAGAAUUAGCCAAAUGCCGGAUUUUAUUACUAUUUUAAUCAGAGCCUUUAUUUAAUAAAACAUUACUGCAUUGA